AUGACACUGGAAUCAGUGCGAAAGUUAUUUUGUCUGGAACCUUCAGGAAACGCAAGUUUAUUUAUUUGCUUCGCUCAAAACACUUACUUUACUAUUUUUCUACUAAUAUUCUGUCCGCUUUCGUUUUAUGAUCUCUAUCGUAGUGAAAAUGCUCGAAUGAUUUGUUUUGCUCUCGUUAUCGAUCUCACUUUAUCACUUAUCUAUAACAUCUACAAUUAUUCUAUAUUGGAUAGAAAGUCGUCGUUGCAAUAUGUGGUCGGAGAUUGCGCUCAAUACAUAGGUUUAUGUGUCGCUCUAACAGUUCUCGUCGCCUGUAGGAAUCGCGGUAUUGUUACAUCUGGUGUGUUGUUCAUUUACUGGUUGCUAAUGGUUUUAUGUGGUCUUCCGGAGCUUCGAUAUUUAUUCGAACAGUAUUUGAAUGACGGCAUACAAAAUAAAAUUCAUUUUUUUCUUUACGCCACUUACUACCCUCUCGUAUGUUUAGAGCUGUUUCUUUCUUGUUUUGCUGACAGACCUUCUGGAGCUUAUAGCGGUAAACAAGUCUGCCCUGAACUGUCGACGUCGUUUCUUAAUCAGAUAACGUUUACAUGGUUUACUGGAUUGGCCAUCCAGGGUUACAAGAGACCUCUGGAGCGUGAAGAUCUCUGGGAUUUAAACGAUAGAGACAAAACGUGCAAUCUGAUACCUCGAUUCUACCGUUUCUUUAGACCUCAACUUAAUCGUAAGUUCUCAUGUAAAAUUUCUUCAAAUCGUUAUCCAUCAGUUUUAGUGCCUCUGUUUAAAACAUACAGAUUCACCUUCAUAUCCAGUGCCCUUCUCAAAUUCACCUUCGAUAUCCUACAGUUCGUACCACCAGCACUGCUUAAGUACCUCAUAAGUUUUAUUCAGCAUCAUGACCAACCGUUAUGGGUUGGAAUCGCUAUAGCCAGCUGCAUGUUUGUUGUUGCUGUCGUCCAAUCAAUGAUACUUCAUCAGUAUUUCCAUAUGAUGUUUCGUUUGGGUAUGAAUAUACGUUCUGUACUCACUAGCGCCGUCUACUCGAAGGCGAUGAGCUUAUCCAAUAACGCGAAAAAGAAUAAAACAACGGGAGAGAUUGUUAAUCUGAUGGCUGUUGAUAUUCAGAGGUUACAGGAUAUGACAACAUUUGUAAUGUUAUUCUGGUCAGCUCCUCUUCAGGUGAUUCUGUCUAUAUUUUUCCUAUGGAGAAUACUUGGUGUGGCAGUGAUUGCUGGUUUAAUGGUCUUAUUUGCUAUGGUACCUUUUAACUCCUACAUUUCUGUGAAAAUGCGAAACUGUCAGGUAAAACAAAUGAAACAUAAAGACGAGCGUUUGAAAAUGAUGUCAGAGAUCUUAAACGGGAUGAAAGUUCUCAAAUUAUAUGCAUGGGAAAAAAGCAUGGAGAAUACGGUUUUGAACAUUCGAGUCAAGGAACUGAACAUCUUGAAGCAUUUAGCGUUUUUAAACGCUGCCACCACUCUAUCAUGGGCUUGUGCUCCAUUCUUGGUUGCCGUACUUUCAUUCGCCGUCUUCGUAACCAUUGAUCCAACCAACAAUGUGCUUACACCUCAAGUUACUUUUGUUGCAUUGGCUCUUUUCAAUAUUCUACGUUUCCCUUUAGCCAUAUUUGCAAUGAUAUUCAGUCAGGCUGUUCAAUGUCACGUCAGCAACAAGAGGCUUCGUGCAUUUUUUGCAGAAGAGGAAAUGGAUUACAGUGCAAUUGAGACUAGAAAUGAUGCGCUAAAGAUCGAAGACGCUACUUUUACAUGGGAAGGUGAUGAAGGUGAGGCGACACUGAAACACAUCACUAUGUCCGUUACACGCGGUCAACUUGUUGCAAUAGUUGGAAAAGUUGGCUCUGGCAAAAGCAGCCUUUUGCAAGCGGUGUUAGGUGAAAUGAACAAAAUUAGUGGUCGCGUGAACAUCUGUGGAUCGGUAGCGUAUGUUCCACAACAAGCGUGGAUACAGAACCUCACACUUCGAAAUAAUAUUCUACUUAAUCGGCCGUACGAUCAACCGUUUUACGAUAAGGUUAUAGAUUCAUGUGCUCUUCGUCAGGACCUGAUGAGCCUUCCUGCUGAAGACUUGACUGAAAUCGGUGAAAAGGGAAUUAAUCUCUCUGGAGGGCAAAAGCAACGCGUUUCACUUGCAAGGGCCGUGUACUCAUGCGCAAAUAUUAUACUACUUGAUGAUCCUUUGAUUUUACACUGUCACCGUCCUCAUUGUGCAUUUUAUCAUUAUUAUCUUCUUCUUGUUCCUCAUCAUCGUCGUCUUCAUUGCUAUCUUCAUCAUCCUUCCGCAACUGGUAUUUUGUCACAUACAACUCGGAUCCUAGUCACUCACGGUUUACAUUAUCUGAAGUAUUGUGAUAAGGUUAUCGUCAUGAAAGAUGGCGAAAUCAAUGAAAUGGGAACGUAUCACGAACUGAUGGCCAAGCAUGGUGCUUUCAGCGAGUUUCUUGAAGAAUUCCUGCUUGAGGAAUCUAAAAAGCGUGGACGAAGUAUAAGCUUCGGUGAAGAUGGUGUUAAAUGGUCCGUGUACCUAACAUACAUUCGAGCGAUUGGCCGUGACAUUGCUGUCCUAUUCAUUGUAGUCUACAUUCUCAGUGGUGUCCUUGGGGUUGCCAGUAAUGUUUGGCUAGCGAGAUGGUCCGAUGAUGCUGAAGCAAUCCAGCAAACCAACAACGGUAGCAGUUAUGGGACAAAUGUGAGGCUUGCGGUAUAUACAUCGUUGGGACUGGGACAAGCUGUGUUUGUAUGCGUUGGAUCGACUAUUAUGGCGCUUGGAAUGGUUGGAGCAUCACGAUUACUUCAUGAAGGCAUCCUGAGAAAUAUACUCCAUUCUCCUAUGCUUUUCUUUGACGUUACCCCUAUCGGACGUAUACUGAACCGAUUCGGAAAGGAUGUGGAGGCGAUAGAUACGACACUGCCAGGAUCAAUUCGUUCGAUGAUCAUGACGAUGUUAAACGUGGUUGCGACGAUUGUGGUUAUCGUGAUCGCAACACCAGUGGUCGCACUUCCAUUUGUAUUUCUAGCUGCUCUCUACAUCGUUGUCCUGAGAUUCUACGUGAGCACAUCAAGACAACUGAAACGUCUGGAAUCCGCAUCUCGAUCUCCUAUAUAUUCUCAUUUUCAGGAAUCAAUCCAAGGUACCUCUACAAUUCGUGCCUAUAAGCUAGUCGAUGAAUUUAUUAAAGAGUCUGAAAGAAGGGUGGACGAAAAUCUCGCCACUUACUAUCCGAGCAUUGUUGCUAAUCGGUGGCUUGCUGUUCGUUUGGAACUGGUUGGAAACUUGAUCGUAAUGUCUUCGGCCCUUUUUGCUGUGCUUUUUCGUGAUUCUCCUGGUUUAUCAGCUGGUCUGGUCGGAUUAUCUGUGUCUUAUGCACUGAACAUAACACAAACGCUGAAUUGGGCAGUGCGAAUGACAAGUGAACUGGAGACGAACAUCGUAGCUGUUGAACGUAUCAAAGAGUACACAGAUACUCCUAUUGAAGGAGCUCUUUCAAAGGAGCAGCCACCUGAUUAUUGGCCUAAAAUGGGAAAAAUUCAUUUUAAAAACGUGUCUCUUAGGUAUCGCCCUGGUCUUGAACCAGCUCUGAAAGAUGUUUCAGCGGCCAUAGAAGGAAAAGAGAAAGUCGGAAUUGUUGGGAGAACCGGAGCAGGAAAAAGUUCAUUAACGCUCGCCUUGUUUCGAACGGUUGAAAUUGACAGUGGAUGUAUAGAAAUUGAUGGUCAGAAUAUAUCCAGGAUUUCUCUUGAGGAGCUGAGAUCCCGUCUCACCAUCGUGCCUCAAGAUCCAGUUCUGUUUUCUGGAACUCUGCGUUUUAACCUCGAUCCAUUCGACACCUACUCUGAUGCGGAAAUAUGGAACGCGUUACGAAAUGCGCACCUCGAAGAUUUCGUUUCUGCGCUCGCUGACAAACUCCUACAUCCCAUUUCUGAAGGGGGCCAAAACUUGAGUGUCGGACAACGUCAACUGUUGUGCCUAGCUCGAGCAUUGUUACGUCAUCCGAAAAUUUUGAUUCUGGAUGAAGCAGCAGCUGCUGUUGAUGCUGAAACUGAUUCCUUGAUCCAACGAACAAUUCGUGAACAGUUCGCUGAUUGUACUGUGCUUACUAUUGCUCAUCGAUUGAAUACGGUGAUGGACUGUGAUCGAUUACUGGUACUAUCGGAAGGUCGUGUUGUCGAAUUCGAUUCGCCUCAGGUUCUUAUGAAUAGACCUAACGGCAUUUUUCGUGCUAUGGCCAAAGAUGCUGGUGUUAUCUGA